GGUCCUCUGCCAAAGCUUCCAACGCAAGUUAGUUUCGCGCGCCGUAGUGUUAAAUAAAAUUUGUUGAACUUGUUUGAUAAGACGUGUUUGUUGAUGACAGUUUAAUUGUUUGUUUUGUUUUAUUGGCUUGCAGGAGUUACUGAAUUUUACUUGUUGGUACAACUUUUGAAGAAGUUUAUAAGAAGAAUUUCCCGAUUGCUAAUUGAGUUGUGAGUUUUAGUAACAUUUUGCGAAAUAAGACGGUGAACUUACGAGUGUGUAGAAUUCAGUCUUUUAUGACUAACAAUGGAGAUUUUGGAGGCAAAAUGGAUGUGAUGUCUAAUAUAACGUUGCUGAGAAAAAAGUUUUACGCAGAGUUCAAGAACCAGACUGAUAGGAGUGGAGUUGAGAUCAUCUACACUUGGAAAAUGGAUUUUAACCAAAGUCUCCUGGCCGCAGCGACGGUGCUGGUGCCGCAGGAGCCCUCCGCUUCCCUUUUGGCUGCAACGAUGCCUGCUUGGGCGUACAACUCCUGGGUGGGCCUCUUUACGUUUAUGAUGACUGUUGCUAUUGGGGGAAACGCCAUCGUCAUAUGGAUUGUUGCAGUUCACCGACGGAUGCGAACAGUGACGAACUAUUUCCUGGUGAAUCUCUCCUGCGCGGACCUGUUGAUGGCGUCCCUCAACUGCCUGUUUAAUUUCGUCUACAUGCUUCAAAGCGACUGGGUGUUCGGAGAACUCUUCUGCCGGCUUAGCAACUUCAUAGCGAACGUUACGGUUACCGCUAGCGUGUUCACCCUCACCGGGAUAUCCUAUGAUAGGUACCAAGCGAUCGUACGUCCAAUGCGACCAAGGAUGUCUAAGAGGUACUCCCUCAUCAUGAUCGCUGGGAUAUGGGUGAGCGGGGUGCUGCUAGCUAUGCCAUGCUUACUGUUCUCCACUACUAAGCAAUAUCGAUCAAAAGGGACUAUAAAAACUGCAUGCCUGCUGUUGUGGCCAGAUGGUCUGCCUGAUGUCUCACAUAUGGAUUUUGUGUAUCAAGUAUUAUUCUUCGUGAUCACAUACGUAGCACCCAUGCUUGGAAUGAUAUUCUUCUACACGGCAAUGGGGCGAGUUUUGUGGGGUUCGAAGUCUAUUGGCGAAUUGACGCAGAGACAGCUGGACUCGAUACACUCCAAGAGAAAGGUGGUGAAGAUGUUCAUCCUUGUCAUAGUCAUCUUUGGCAUCUGCUGGCUGCCCUAUCAAUUGUACUUCGUCUACGCCCACUUCAACCCGUCUGUCAUGUUUAUGAAGCAUAUCCAGCACAUCUAUUUGGCGUUUUACUGGCUAGCCAUGGCCAAUGCAAUGGUCAACCCCAUUAUCUACUACUGGAUGAAUGCCAAGUUCAGGUCCUACUUCCAGACAGUGCUCCUGUGCAGGUGGAGGAUGCCAUGCUACCGGAAGAGAAGGCCGCCACCAGAGUCGCCCCCCGACUACGUGUCCCAGUCGGGCAGCAGAUCCCGAUCAGGUGUCGCGGGGCCCAGAAGUUCAAGAGGAAAUGCAGCAGUCGCAUGGCCGCGCUUGUCGUCUCGGACGCCCGAGCCGCUGACGCAGAGACCGCCUUUGCCUGCUAGCUGCCCACGGUGUCCGAACCGGACCUACGAUGCUAUCAUCCAUGGGCGAAAAGUGUAAAGUUCUACAUCGG